GCGCACGUGUCCAGUGCGUAGCCCUGCUCUCCGGUCUUAACUCUUGCGGAAGGAUGGCGGCGAAUACCGGGAAGCUUCCGAUGCGGCUUCUGCGCAAGAAGCUGGAAAAGCGCAACCGCAAGAUCCGUCAACGCAAUUUGGCCCGGCAAGGAGCCGCCGACCAAAGCCUGGCCGCUGGGGCAUCGCCUGCGGGAGGAACGCUCGAAAAUGCAGUGGAGAAUGUCUCAGAAGAAUUUUGCAACAUUUCAGAAACAGCAAUAAAAGACCACAAAGUGACAGAGGGAGAAUUCCCUGAUGUAACAAAAGCUGAGGAACGUGAGUGUAAACAACCUGGGAUGAAGAAGAAGAAGAAAAAGAAAAGGAAAACUGAAAAUUGUGCAGAAAAUGGUGGUAAAAAAGCAAAAAUUGAGGAAGAAGAUCUUGAAACACAAGAGGGUUUACCUGGGAAUCUCAAAGUAGAAGAAAAUGCUGAAGAUCUGACUGAAGAAGAGGCAUCUGAUGAUGCUGAUGGACCUGUCUUGCCUCUGGGUUUAACAGGUGCUUUUGAGGAUACUUCUUUUGAGUCUCUUAAUGAUCUUGUCAGUGAGAACACGUUGAAAGGGAUAGCAGACAUGGGAUUUACACACAUGACAGAAAUUCAACAUAAAAGUAUUAAGCCGCUUUUGGAAGGCAGAGAUAUUUUAGCAGCUGCAAAAACUGGCAGUGGCAAAACUCUUGCAUUUCUCAUUCCAGCCAUAGAACUUAUCUACAAGUUAAAAUUUAUGCCUAGAAAUGGAACAGGUGUUCUCAUUCUCUCACCAACUCGAGAACUUGCCAUGCAGACUUACGGUGUUCUCAAAGAACUGAUGACUCAUCAUGUCCACACCUAUGGCUUGAUAAUGGGGGGCAGUAAUAGAUCAGUCGAGGUACAAAAACUUGGAAAUGGCAUAAACAUCAUUGUCGCAACUCCAGGCAGGCUUCUGGACCAUCUGCAGAAUACUCCAGGGUUUAUGUAUAAGAACCUGCAGUGUCUGAUAAUUGACGAAGCUGAUAGAAUUUUAGAAGUUGGGUUUGAAGAAGAAAUGAAACAGAUCAUAAAGCUUCUACCAAAGCGUAGACAAACCAUGUUGUUCUCUGCUACACAAACCCGUAAAGUUGAAGAUCUGGCAAGGAUUUCUCUAAAAAAGGAGCCAUUAUAUGUUGGGGUUGACGACAAUAAAGAGACAGCAACUGUAGAAGGUCUCGAACAGGGAUAUGUAAUAUGCCCCUCAGAAAAGAGAUUCCUCCUGCUCUUCACUUUCUUAAAGAAGAAUCGGAAGAAGAAGUUAAUGGUGUUCUUCUCCUCAUGUAUGUCCGUGAAAUACCACUAUGAACUUCUUAACUACAUUGAUCUGCCGGUAUUGGCUAUUCAUGGCAAGCAGAAACAAACCAAACGCACAACCACAUUUUUCCAGUUCUGCAAUGCAGACUCUGGAAUACUCUUAUGCACAGAUGUAGCUGCUCGUGGGCUGGACAUUCCAGAGGUUGAUUGGAUAGUUCAGUAUGACCCACCUGAUGACCCAAAGGAAUAUAUUCAUCGUGUUGGGAGAACAGCCCGUGGAAUCAAUGGAAGGGGACAUGCCCUGCUCAUUUUACGGCCAGAAGAACUGGGAUUCCUGUGUUACCUUAAGCAAGCCAGGGUGCCAUUAAGUGAGUUUGAAUUUUCUUGGUCUAAAAUUUCUGACAUUCAAUCUCAGCUGGAAAAAUUGAUUGAGAAGAACUACUUCCUCCACAAAUCAGCCCAAGAAGCAUACAAAGCCUAUAUAAGAGCUUAUGAUUCCCACUCUUUGAAGCAGAUCUACAAUGUCCAUAACUUGGAUUUGCUCAAAGUUGCUUUGUCCUUUGGCUUCAAGGUCCCGCCAUUUGUUGAUCUCAAUGUAAACAGCAGCCAUGGAAAGAGACUGCAAAGAAGAGGCGGAGGAGGCGGCUUUGGCUACCAGAAGGCAAAGAAUGUUCAGAAAUCCAAAAUCUUCAAGCAUAUUAACAAGAAAAAAUCUGACAACAGACAGUUUUCUCGCUGAAUUGCUUUAUUCCGUGUUGACUGAAAUGGCUGUAUUACUUUUCAACCAAUGUACAAUCUUAUUCAUUUGGGGACAGAAUUAUAUGCACAGAUUUUAAAUUUAAGCUCAAUAUUUCAACAUGAUCCAGUCCAUUCUAAUCAUUAUCUUAACAUGGAAGAAUCCUGUAUGUUGUCUCCCCAGCUGUUCCAUGAAUAGUUGUAGACAAUGGGAUCUGAUCCUGUACUCCAGAUGGUAUAAGCUAAUUUGUAGCUUCUUCACAGUGCAGGUACCAGUGUAAUCAGCUUUCUGAUUGCCUAGAAAUCUUCCAAAAACACAUCCCAUGAUCACAGUGUAUAGUAUAUUAUAUGGUUCUUUUUACUUUUCUUCUACAAGCUGUUUGAAAUAUUGGGCAUAUUCUGGAAUUUGACUAUAAACUAUGUAUGGGUUUAAAAAA